AUGUCUGACGAAGAGGAUUUCCAGUAUGAAUCGAUUCUAUCUUUAUACACAAGUCCUCUAGAUCAGCCCAACUCAGAAGAUCAAAAUUCUCGCUCUUUAAUAUCACUAGCUGAAUAUCUUGAUUUCAUUGAUAAUUCUAUUGAACAAGAAAAAGAAAAAGCUAUGGACUUCAAAAUUAUCGAUCCAUCCUCCUAUGACGAUAAGAUAUAUAUGUAUCUUUAUGUUCUUAAUUACUUUUCUAAGGAAACUGAUAAUGAAAUCUUGAAAAAAGCAAUGGAAUUCUCUGAAGAAACGAAAAAAGUUACAAGACUACUUAUGAACAAGCUUAAGAAAGAUAAUUCAAUAUAUGUUAACGAUAAAAAAUUCAUUUCAGAUAUGAAAAGUCGUAUUCUAAAGAACAAAGAACUUUUACAGCUCAGAUUUUAUAAGAAUUCACUUAAUGCAAAGAUGAAUGAUAUGAUUUCUGCAUUUCCUUUGCCAUUAUUAAUAAAUGAAUUGAAAAGUACUUACUCCUCUGCCUUUUAUAAGUACGAUGAUACAUUAAAUUACAUUCAUUAUCCUCCUUUCGAUAGAGCUUUAUCAAUGUAUCUCCAUCAUUCGCAUUUUUCAACAAUGAUCGACCCAAUUUGCAGAGUUAUAGCAGAUGGCAAUAUCAAGUCAGCUCUCAUAGCAUUGUCAGAACUUACCGAAUUGUUAAUGGCUGAAAUUCAGAACAUUCAAUCAAUCGGAAAAUAUGUUAUGUAUAUUUCACUUGUUAGAGUCAUUUUCGAGGAGAGUUAUGCUAUAUAUCCUGAAUUGAAUCUAUUUCGCAAGGCAAAUCUACUAUUUUUGUCUCGUUGUUAUGCAUUUUCUGACAGAACUAUCGGAGAUAUUUCCGACAUGCUUCCAAAGUAUAUUGUACGAAAUUACACGAAAGGACUCCUUGUAAAGACUAUGUUUAAGAAGAAAUCUGUUGGUCUUUUGCAGGAAUUAGAGUAUAUGAUAAAUCCUAUUGAUUUAAUGAUCCAUAUCUACAAAUCAUGCAUGCACAUUAAGCAAUACUUUGCAUCAGAUGCAGGAAUUCUUUCAGAAAAAGACAUGAAUGUGUUGUUGCUUUGUUUAUUAUCAAUUGCUCCACCUUGCAACUGUGUUUCCAUUGCAAGAUUCUUAUUCCAUUGGAAGGAUAUCGCUCUAAAGCCGGAAGCGAAGGCCUGUAUUGAUAAUUUUGUUGGAGCUGUUCAAAUUUUAUAUAAUUUUACAGAAAAUGUAGAAGAAGAGGAAGAGGAGGAAUGA